GUUUUCUCGGGGUCGUAAACAUGCCGAAGUCGAAGCGCAACAAAGUCGUUACCCUCUCAAAGGUCGACAAGAAGAAUAGAGACCACAAGAAUGCGCUCGUAGCCGAGGUGCAAGGGGCGGUGGAUAAGUGGAAAUACUGCUGGCUGUUUGAUGUGGGCAACAUGCGCAAUGCGCAUUUGAAAACCGUACGGAAACUAUGGAAGGAUACGGGAAGGUUAUUCUUUGGAAGAGGUGCCGUCAUGGCCAUCGCCCUAGGCACAACACCAGAAUCAGAACAUAAAACUGGACUACACCAUCUGGCAUCCAGGAUAAAAGGACAAGUCGGCCUCUUCUUCACCGACUCCGAGCCCGCGGAAGUGACGGAGUGGUUCGGCGACUUCCACCCUCCCGACUUUGCUCGCUCCGGCAACGUCGCCACGCGCACCGUCGUCCUCCCCGAGGGCCCGAUCAUGCAACACCACUCGGACCCGCCCGAGCCGUUCCCGCACAACGAGGAGCCGCAGCUGCGCAAGCUCGGGCUGCACACGGUCAUGAAACGCGGCGUGCCGAGCCUCGACAACCCGCACACGGUGUGCACGAAGGGCAAGGUGCUCACGCCGGAGCAGGCGCAGCUGCUGAAGCUCGUCGGAGAGAAGAUGGUCGAGUUCAAGGUCGGGUUGAGGGCGUAUUGGAGCGCGGAGACGGGGGAGGUGACGACGGUAGAGGGCGAUGAGAUUGCGGUGGAAGAGAAGGAGGGUGGUGAGGACGUUGACGAGGACGAGGAGAUGAGCUCGUAGGCCGGGCCGUGUUCUGUCUUGCGCUGCUCGUGAUCGUGCUACCUCCCAUGUUGUGUUCAAUUCUUGUCUUCACUACGUGUAAUCUUGGUCCGUCGACUUCGUGUUCUCCAC